AUGCCCUCAGCCAGGGACCUCAAACGAGCCCUGGACCGCGUCAGGACGGCCAUCCCGGCGCAAAGGAAGCUAGAGGGCGACAGGCGCAACAUACGUCUAGGCCUAGAGCGCAUCACCAGGGCGAUCCAGAAGGAGCAAAAUUGGACAGGAGUCCACGUUGGUGGGACCAACGGCAAAGGCUCAAUAUGCACCCUCCUGUCCUACAUGUUUCGGCAGUCUGGUGUUAGCCAUGGCGUUUUCACAUCUCCGUCGCUCUUUGGCGCACGCAACGGAAUCACAAUCAAUGGCAUGUAUCCCAACAAGAGAUUAUACGAGGCCGAGAUAAAAAACGUGCAGAGCCGGUUUCACAGAGCUGCUUCUGGCUGGACAUUCGAGACUGGCGAGGAUCCUGGCGAGCUGACGCCAUUCGAGCUCGAAACUGCCGUGGCCUUUCGUGUGUUCAACGUGCUGCACGUAAAAUACGGCAUUGUCGAAGUCGGCAUGGGUGGCGCCUCCGAUGCUACCAAUGCCAUGCACGAAAAGGGCGUCACCGUCAUAUCCAAAAUCGGCCUCGACCACCAAGAGUAUCUGGGCAACACGAUUGAAGAGAUUGCCGGCGUCAAAGCAGGCAUCAUGCGCCCUUCUGUUCCUUGCAUUAUUGAUCACACCAAUUCAGUCGAGGUGCUGCGCGUUCUCACGGAGCAUGCGCGCAGCAUCGGCACUCCAUAUUACUUGACAGACGACGCCGACGUUGCAGAUCUGCUAAGUCCGAUUGAUACUGAGAAGUUUCAGCUGGAGGACUACGAGAAGCAAAACCUGCUCUGUGCAUUAUUAGCAUUCAAGAAGCUUUUCCCCAACAUGGAGAUAGACCUCAACGAGCUGCUAUCCAAACGCCCAUACCCACCAGGAAGAAAGGAUCUGAUUCAUGUUCGCGAUCUUACCGAUGGGCUCCGAACGGCGCCCGUCUUUGUUGAUGGCGCGCACAACAUGCUUGGAGUGCAGGCUCUCUCCGCUUAUAUCAACAACCAGAUGCGCAAGGGCGAUGAGCCUGUAACCUGGAUCAUGGGCCUCUCCGCGAGCAAGACGAAGCCUUUUGCCUCACUCAUCGAGACUCUGGUUCAACCACAAGACCGAUUCGCCUUUGUCGAGUACCAGCCACUCCCGAACGAGCCAUCCGCAGCCCCCGCCGCACUUGGACGUGAGAUUGCCGAAUCUGUCGUGAGCAGCAGCGAGCAAAUCUACGACGGCGACCCCAGUGUCGAUGCCGCCAUACAGUGGGCGUCCGAAGAGGCUGGCAACGAAGGACCCAUUGUCAUCACGGGUAGCUUGUACCUUAUCCGCGAGCUGUACAACACCGAAGGCGUCUACACGCGCCGCAAGUUCAAGACGAUGCGGCCUGGCCGGUCGCAGCUGUGGUACUACACGCAGCUGGCGCAGACCCGCGAGCUGACGGAGGAAGAGGCGCGCGAGUUCAAGCAAGCCCGGCGCCACUGGCGCCUCAACCCCCUCCGCAGCUCGGCCCUCGUCUCCGACGAGGAGAACCAGAAGCCGCCGCGCAUCUCGCCCGUGCAGUCCCCGGAGACCAGGGAGGCGCAGCGCCAAGCGGCCUACCACCAGAGCCAGGCCGAACGCUACGCCGAGGCUAUUGAGUGCAUCGAGCUCGACACGGCCAACGGCGUGCCAACGCGGGCCGGCGCCAACAAGGGCCAGGAUGCGGCGGCGGCGGCGGCGGCGGCACCAAACUCAAACCCCGCGGGCAUGCCGCUGAUGAUUCAGGAGCUCAUCCGACGCCAGGGAGAACAUCUUGCCGCAUACCAGGCCGCCAUGCACAAGCUGCGCGGGUACAAGGUCGCCAUUCCCGAGAUGAAGUUUAUGAGCUACGCCCAGAUUUAUGGACGCCCGCCGGGGCCUCCGCGGCGGAAGUCGAAGGACUCGCUGCCAAAGCAGGCAGAGGGACAGGAGAGUGUAAAACCACAGUCGGAGACUCCGGGCCUUGGAGAAGCAGGCCAGAAAGACGAUGGUUCGGGGCGAUAA